GCAGUCGUUGACAAUGAAGAUGCUGCAUUAUUGCGGCCUGAACUAUUAAUCAAGUCCGAGGUCGGACCAGAAGCUAAUUCCUCAGUUUUCAUAAAUCAAAAUCGCCUUUGGUCUAAGCCGCAUUUAGCAAGACUUUUGGCCCCAUUGGCACUAUUCGGCGUUGGCUCCCGUGGUGCCCAAGUAACUUCGGAUGACUCCACAUUGUUUGCUGUGGAACAAAGGCCGACUAGACGCUGCAUUUCUUUGUCUCAAUCCCACUUCGUAUGUCCCAUUUAUCUCUCGUUUACCCAAAUUUCGUCUAAGAAUGUGUCACUUCAUGUGGAUUUAAUGAAGCGUAAUCAGCUUCACCACCGGCUUCGGCUGACGUUUGCAGGGAUUCUUGGUCUCUUCGAUUCUACUGACGAGGAUGAGGACGAAGAGGAGAAUCUAGAAAGUCAUCGGUUUAGGAAGCAUUUUGACGAAGAGCGCCUUAUUGGAUCCAGGCUUGGUCGCACAAUCAUUUCUGAGCAAGCAAGACAAAAUCCUAAUGGCCCUUCUAAUGACAGAUGGCAUCUCCUUCCGUCAGUCCCUUCAGCCCAAUCUAUUCCCCAGCCAUUUCAUAGACAUCGACCUUGGCAAAAUUCCGACUCACCGUCAAUAAGCCAGCUCACCGAUUAUAAGGCCAAUCCCCCUCAGUUUCGAAGCGCGCACCACCAGAGUUACUGUAAUAAUAGUGGCAUCAGUAAUGGUGCUGGUAGCUCUAGCCAGGUUGGCAUGACUGUCUCUUUCGGUACACAUAAUGGCAAAGGCAGCAAGACAAGUAGCACGAAAACGUGCUGUAACGAGCUAGCCAACCAAGAAGUCGAUUCCACGGAAAAUUCUGCCUGCUUACUUCAUUGCCUUCAAAUCGGGGCUGAAAAGACAGCGGAUCAACCCACGGACUCAAAAAUUAUGCCCUCUUUUCGUCCUUUGCCUAUUAUUGCCUCGACAAGGUGUCAUCGGAGUGCAGUCAAUCCUAUCUCAGGCCCGUCCAAUAGUCAUGAGACUUCUCCCAAACUCGAACAAGAGGAAGGACUUCUCGAACAGGCCUUGGAGGCUGGGACUAUGACAUCGGUUAGUGGAACGUUAAUGGGAGAUCGGAGACUAACUACUCUUCAUAUUGAUCGACUUGCUGUACAUGAUUUUGGUUGUUUGGACGAUGUCGGUUUUUGCCCUGGAGAUAACGUUUGUGACAAACCCAACUUUUUACCAUCAGUCCGACCCGCUGGUGACUUCCUUUCAGGAGAGGCAGAAGAGAUGAUGCAUGAUGAAAAGUCCUAUCAACGUAAUACCUCAGCUGGCGCUAGAGUUGAGGAGGCCGAAGAUCUGCCCUUAAUCGGCGGACAAGUGGAGUUCACGGUAGGAAAGAGCUAA